AUGACUGGGGACUACCAAGGAGACCAUAAAUUCAGUGUCACCACAUACUCUUCCUCCGGAGUUGCGAUCACUACAACGGGAACAAACAAAGGAGACUUGUUUUUGGGUGAUGUAGCUACCCAAGUGAAGAACAAGAACUUCACCGCUGACAUCAAAGUUGCCACUGAUUCUUCUCUUCUGACCACUAUUACCUACGAUGAGGCUACCCCUGGGUUGAAGGCAAUCAUUAGCGCCAAGUUGCCUGAGCACAAAACCGGCAAGAUUGAGCUGCAGUAUUUGCACGAUUACGCCGGUAUCUCCACCAGCGUUGGAUUGACAGCUAACCCUACUGUCAAUUUCUCCGGUGUGGUUGGAAACAGUGUCUUGGCUCUUGGUACCGACGUGUCAUUCAACACCGAGUCUGGCGAUUUCAAACAUUUCAAUGCUGGUUUGAGCUUCACCAAGGACGAUUUGAUUACUUCACUUACUCUGAAUGACAAAGGUGAGAGGUUGAAUGCGUCGUACUACCAAAUUGUGAACCCUUUGACCAAGACAGUGGUUGGAGCUGAGGUUAGCCACAACUUCACGACCAAAGAGAACGCCAUCACCGUCGGGACACAGUACGCUCUUGACCCGUUGACCACACUGAAGGCACGUGUGAACCAUGCCGGUGUAGCCAACGCACUGAUUCAACACGAGUGGCGUCCGAAGUCGUUCGUCACCGUUUCUGGAGAGGUGAACACGAGGGAGAUCGAGAAGACUGCCAAGGUCGGGUUUGCUCUCGCUCUCAAGCUUUGA